AUGAAUUGCAUUAAUAGUUGGAAGCCAUUUGCAGGCAUGGUUGGUGCUAACUUUACUUUUGCUGUUGUAAACAUUCUGUUAAAGAUGGUUCUUAAUAGAGGAGCAAAUAUGUUGGUUUUAACCACAUAUAGGCAACUAAUAUCUGCAAUCUUCUUGGCCCCCAUAGCCUGUUGCAUGGAAAGGAAAAGCUUCAAAGAGUUGACACCUUUCACAAUCUGUGCUCUAUUUUUCAGUGGACUAAUGGGGGGGACUCUAACUCAAUAUCCCAUCUUAAUUGGACUUAGGUAUACAUCAGCUUCAUUUGUUUCUGCUUUCGCCAAUGUUGUGCCCAUAAACACAUUCUUGAUGGCACUCAUAUUUAGGCAAGAGAGGGUAAACAUGAAAUGCAAGAGUGGGAAAGCUAAGGUGUUAGGUACACUAAUAUGUCUCAUGGGAACCAUAGUACUAAUACUCUACAAAGGGAAGCCAUUGAUAAAUAAUAAUGCCUCAUCACAAGGAGUUGAAGCUCACCAUAACACAAAGAAUUGGGUUGUUGGUUCAUUAUUGGUCUAUGCAGGAGGCUUGUCAUGGUCUUCUUGGUUCAUCAUACAAGGUCGGGUCGGGUCGAAUUAUCCAUAUAAAUAUUCUAGCACAACACUCAUGUCCUUCUUUGGUGCCAUUCAGUCAGCAGCCUUAUGCUUUAUCAUUGAAAGAAACACAUCUAUUUGGAGAUUGAAAGGAGCUUUGGAAAUAGGGACUAUCAUAUUCUCUGGAAUUGUGGGAUCUGGCAUAUGUUAUGCUGUGAUGUCUUGGUGUGUGAAACAAAGAGGACCUGUUUUCACUUCAACAUUUACUCCCUUAGUUCAGAUUUUUUCUAUUGUGCUGGGAGUCCCCAUACUCCAUGAAACAAUUUACCUUGGAAGCAUUUUAGGGUCCAUUUUGGUUGUUGUUGGGCUAUAUGCUCUUCUUUGGGGUAAAAGCAAAGAAGCUCAAGUUUGCAAGACUGCACCAACGACAGACAAGGAUGAACAAACUGUAUUACCUGUUUCUAAUACUCCACCUCGUACCUAGCUAAGUGGUCACCAGGCCA